AGGGAACAGAUUAGACCCUCAAAUUGGCCACCAAAAUUCUCUUGCUGCGCUUCUAAGAAAGACCCCAAGAUCCUCUGAAGCCGGGGGUGACAAAAAACAACAAGAUGGUGGUAAAACGAUGGGCUCAGGAACAGCUGGCAGGUUAAAGGCUGGAAUGGGAACAACUGCGCUGCUGUCAAACAUGGGCACAUCAGCUCAGCCUCCAGCCUUCCACCGACCCUGGAACAAAGCCAGAGUUGGACCAAUGGAAGAUGGAAGAAAGGCAGAAGUCAUCCAUCUGGGGAAUGGGAGGGCAGUGCAGUUGGAAAAUAAAAGAGGAAGAAAUGAUGAGGCAAAAGAAAGCCGUGGAGAAAAAGAGCAUAGAGCAGAAUUGGGAAUUUUAGGAAGAGAAAACAGAAACGGCAUAGCUAAGAAUUUGAUGCGAAAUGCAGCAGUGCAAGGAGGAGGCAACAGGGCAGAGCACAGAGGAAGGCUCCCCGGAUGGGUGUCCUCUGGAUGGUCCGUCAGCCUGGAUGGAGACUUGGUCAUCGAUAGGAGCUACUUCCAGACGUCCACUGAAGCAAGAACGCCUGCUCCAGCAAAACAAAAGCCGAACGAGGCCCUCAGUCUUAUCUCCUUGGCCAGAAGGCUCCAAGGGCCCACCAGGGUGGAUGAUAAACACUGGAGUGACAGGAGAGGCAGCAGCAGGAAGAUGUAUGGCUCCAUAGGAGAUAUGAGCGUUUCAGCAGCAGUGUCUACCAGAGGAAGAAUGGAUAGGAGGUGGGAGGGGGGAGACGAGAGCAGGGACAGCAUGACGGAGCAAAGUGACUCGGAAACAGGUAGCAGCAGCAGAGACUCUCCAUCAGAGUUCAGUCUAUCUGAAAGGAGCAGCCAGACCUCAUCAGCAGCAGCAGAAACAGAAAUCAAUGAGUCAGACUCGGAGACGGAGAGAGGCGACGAAAGUCAGAAAGAGGAGAAAGUUGAUUCCAAUUCUAAUGAGGAGUCAGGGUCAGAGAGUGAAUAUGAGAGAGCAGAACCGAGCAGAAAAAGGUCAAAAGGUCAUAGAUAUGUUUCAAAAAGGAGCAAAAACUUAAGCGGGAGCACUGACCCUUUAAACUCCAGCUAUCCAAGUUUUACUGCUCAGGGGCUCCAAACAUCAAGGAACACACAUUCCUGGAAAACAUCUAGGCAAGACAGCGAAGAGCUUAGUGAGGAAGAGGAGGAAGAGGAGGGUAGUUUUAGAGUAAAAAAGUCCUCAGUCAGCAGGCGAGGUUCAGGCCACAACAAAAUAAUCAUCAGUUCAGGUGUGAUGGGUGCCUCAGACGAUUUGUCCACCAUCAUGGAGGAUACAGAGGAGGAGGAGAAAAGCAGAAGCCAAAGCAGGGGACGACGACGGGAAGAGGAAGUUACGGGAAAUGAAUCAGCUGUUUAAAAUGCCAAACAGAUGCCCCCCCCAUCUUGAGAAGGAAAGGUUUGCCACCAACCUGGCGGUAAAAAGCGACGGAUCAAGUUGGUGGUUGACCGAGAGUACGAGACCAGCUCCACCGGUGAGGAGAGCAUCCCAGAGACCCAACGUAGCCGUUUAUCCUCCACACACAACAG